GCGGCCGCGCGGGGGCGGCCCCGCGGCGGGGCGGGGCGCGAGCGGCCGCUGGGGGCGCAGCGGGGAGGCCGCUGGCCGCCCGGCACCGGCCAACAUGGCGGCGCGGCGGCCCCGCUCCGCCUCAGACCACGACAGCGACGAUGAUUCCUACGAAGUGCUGGAUUUAACGGAAUAUGCUCGGCGUCACCACUGGUGGAACCGUUUGUUUGGCAGGAAUUCAGGACCAAUUGUAGAGAAAUACUCCGUAGCCACCCAGAUUGUGAUGGGAGGUGUGACUGGCUGGUGUGCGGGAUUUCUGUUCCAGAAGGUCGGAAAGCUUGCAGCAACUGCAGUAGGUGGUGGCUUUCUUCUGCUUCAAAUUGCUAGUCAUAGUGGAUAUGUACAAGUUGACUGGAAGAGAGUUGAAAAAGAUGUAAACAAAGCAAAAAAACAGUUAAAAAAGCGUGCAAAUAAGGCAGCUCCCGAAAUCAACACUCUCAUUGAAGAGUCUACAGAAUUUAUCAAACAGAACAUCGUGGUGUCCAGUGGCUUUGUUGGAGGCUUUUUGUUGGGGCUGGCGUCGUAAGGACCCGCACGUCUCUUCCAGACGGGAUCCGCGUCGGCCACGAUCAGUUGUGAUGCUCUAUCUGCAAGCAGUGUGGGUCACUGGGCCUGCCAGAGCAAGACAAGAGGACAAGCUAGACAGCUUGGGAGCUUUUACAUUUCAGGCUUUUGCCUCUUGAAGCUUGGUAAAACUAGGAUUUGCUGAAAAACUGUGCAGUGUGCUCAUUAUAGCGUUUCUGGGCAAAACUGGUUCAUCCUCAUCAUGUCUCUUUUUAUCUAUGGCCUUUCAAGAUCUAGCAUUUUUUAAAAUGUUAUUCUUGGAAUAUAGCUAUGUAACCAUACUAUAAGAAUGAAAGUUCCAUCUCUGUGUUUUCAGUUAAAUACUGUUUAUUUAAAAAGUAUUUUUCUUCAUGCUGUAGUAGGUAGUAUCAAUGACUACAUACUGUAUAUGAUAUUGUGGUUUCAGCCUCCUGGCUGUCCAUGUUCUUUAGAAGUCACUGCAAUAAUCUGUAAUACCUUUUUACAGAGUAUUAAAUAACAAAGAAUCAUGAGCUUAUUAAAGGUGAAAAUUAACUUUG